AUCGUAUUUUAUGAGUUUAAGCCAAAUCACAAAUUGUAAAAAUGAUAUGCACGCAAGUUUUGUGUGGAUUUUUAUGCGUCUUAUAUGGUGCUUUGGAAUCGAGAUCCAUACGUUGCCGAAGUACUCCAGGGAACACACACGGCUGUUGCGAUGGAUACGGAUGGGACGCUGUUAAAAAAGAUUGUGUUGAAUGCAUUUCGGGUUACACAGGGAUAGGAUGUACUCUAACAUGUCGGUAUCCUUUAUAUGGGAAAGAUUGCCAGCAAAUCUGUAAUUGUUCCCGCAUGGAGUGUGACUUUGAGUUUGGAUGCCGUAGUGAUGAAGAGACGGGAUUUACGGUUCCACAUGUAAAACUAACCAGUUUCAGCAAAUAUGUUAAUCAAUCUCACGGUUUUGAAUCAAGGAGUACAUCAACAGUUUUAGAUAUUAACGAAACACAAGAUGAAGACAGUCUCAAAAAUAGCAUUAAAACAAUUUGGCAAUUGAUGUUAAUGAUACUAGCUGUACUUGUAUUUCUAGCUCUUGUAUAUCUAGGAAAGUGUGUUCGUCGUCAAUUUACUUCCAGGACACAUCAAGUGGGCCUUACCAACACAGCGACACCGAAUGAGAACCAUCAAAUUGAAAGUUGGUACGAACAAAUACAGGAUGCAGAGCAUGAGGACACUAGGCGCUACCUUACGCCUGCUUGCAACGAAAGCGAGAAAAUUGGCCCUCGUUCGAACCAAGAAACAAAUGAAGAGAAAAUAGAGCUUGUGUCACUCUCUAUGAUGCCUGGGCCCUCAAACGACAAUGUUCAGAAAAGAGAAAAUGCAAGCGACAAGAAUGAUAUUUAUAAAAACACAGUGAAGGAGUAUGAUGAUACGUAUAUUUCUCCUUGUGUGUGA